AUGUACUUUUACGCACGACUUUGGGCAUUGACCUACGGCACUUCCGGUCAAAAUCACUCCACCCAGCGCGUCAUCGCGCGAUUCGACUUCGAGGCCAGUGAGGCAGAGGAGCUGUCCUUCCGGCGUGGGGACGUGAUCGAGGUGCUGGGUCGUGAGGACGAGAACUGGUGGCACGGUCGUCUCACCAGGUCUGACAAGACUGGUCUCUUCCCGGCCAACUACGUGGACAUCAUACCGCCCUUG